UCGCUGGAGAGGGUGAUGGAAAUGAAAAGUUACCAGAAAAUCAAUCACUUCCCUGGGAUGAGUGAAAUCUGCCGCAAGGACUUGCUGGCCAGGAAUAUGAGCCGCAUGUUAAAGAUGUUCCCUAGGGAUUUCCACUUUUUCCCUAGGACCUGGUGUCUUCCUGCUGACUGGGGGGAUUUGCAGAACUACAGCAGGUCAAGAAAAAAUAAGACAUACAUUUGUAAGCCGGAUUCGGGCUGCCAAGGGAGAGGUAUAUUCAUCACCCGGACAGUGAAAGAUAUCAAGCCAGGCGAGGAUAAGAUCUGUCAGCUCUAUAUUUCAAAGCCCUUUAUUAUUGAUGGGUUCAAGUUUGACCUACGGAUUUAUGUUCUGAUGACAUCCUGUGACCCUCUCAGGAUUUUUGCAUACAAGGAAGGACUAGCACGCUUCGCCACCACCUCUUACUCCCACCCCAGCACAGACAACCUGGAUGAGAUCUGCAUGCACCUGACUAAUUAUUCCAUUAAUAAGCACAGUUCCAAUUUCAUUCGAGACGCUCACGCUGGAAGCAAGAGGAAGCUCUCCACCUUUAACAUGUACAUGGAGAACCAUGGCUACAACACAGAGCAGAUCUGGAGAGAUAUUGAGGAUGUCAUCAUCAAGACGAUCAUCUCCGCCCACCCCAUCAUCAAGCAUAACUACCACACCUGCUUCCCCAACCACACACUCAACAGCGCCUGUUUUGAAAUCCUGGGCUUUGACAUCUUGUUGGACCACAAACUCAAGCCGUGGCUGCUGGAGGUCAACCACUCUCCGAGCUUCUCCACUGACUCCUGGCUGGAUAAAGAGGUGAAAGACAGUCUGCUCUAUGACACCUUGGUUCUGAUCAACCUGGGAAGCUGUGACAAAAAGAAAGUCUUGGAGGAAGAGAGACAACGGGGACGAUUCCUACAGCAAUGUCGUUCUCGGGAGAUCAGGAUAGAGGAAAUCAAAGGCUUCCAGGCCAUUCGGUUGGAGAAAAUGGAGAAGUACGAGAAGGAAAACUGUGGAGGGUUCCGUCUGAUUUAUCCUACUCUGAAUUCGGAGAAGUAUGACAAGUUUUUCCAGGAUAACAACUCCCUCUUCCAGAAUACUGUUACCUCCAGGGCUCGGGAGGUGUAUGCCCGGCAACUGAUCCAGAACCUGAGGCUAAAGCAGGAGAAAAAAUCCUUCCAAAUUGGGAAAGAGAAGAAGGUGGAGAUGCAGGGGGAGUCGGCAGGCGAGCAAGUGAGAGGCAAGAGCAUGAAGAGCUGCGAACAGAAACCACAGCAGAAAUACAAGGACACCACCCUCACCUCCAAACAAUAUCUCCAGCCAUCGACACUAGUGUGCUGCACCCCUGACUUGCUCUUGAAUGUCAGAGAUGCAAAGAAAAAUGAGACGGACAGCAGCCUCGAGCAGGAAACCCCCGCCAAGGAGGCCAGCCCUGCUCCCUGCGAGCCUGUAUCUGCAAGGCGGUAUACCUCUGUACCCGACCUGAGGCACUCGAGCCUUCUCUGCGGCCCGGGGCUGGAGCUCAGCAAACCCAUCUCCAGGAUCAAGGAGGUCAAGUCUGCCUCUGCAGUGAACAUACUCACCCACACUGUGCCCUUAACCUCAAUAGAAACCUCCUCAGACUCUGCCACCCAGGUCUCAGACUCCCCAGAGUCUCUGCUGAGCAGGACCGGGACAACCAGCUCUGAACGCAGCAGCCCCGAGAUGGAUAAGGCGGUCUCCCUUAAAUACAAGCACCACUACACCCCCCAGCACCUCAUCCAGGGUAAAAUAGCAAAAAUUUCUCUUCCAACCAAAUCCCAGACCUUCUUAGGAAGUCUGAACCGAAAGCGGACUUCACUGAAGAACGACAGGAGGAAGCAGCAUCCGAUGUCAGAGCUCUUCACCAAGGUUCAACCGAGGGAGAAACUUUCCCUGUUCCCAGCUUACUACAACCCGAAGCUGAUGCUGAAUAGCAAGUCACAAAACCGCUCCCCGCCCUGGGAGGGCUACUUCAGCAGCCGGAGCUCUGGUGAGAAGAAACAGCUGUGUGUGUCCUCCGUGCUCCUCCUGAAUGAUCCUCCCAGCCCUGACGUGUCUCUGAAUGAUCUGCUGGUGGUGGCCACCCCGGCCCGACUGGAUCCCAGGCCUGGCAGGAGCCAUAGUGGUGCCAUGAGAGGCCCGUGUGUGCAGGAGCAGGAAGCAUACAGCCACGGCCUGAUCUCUGGCCAGAAAGGAUGUGAGAGGGACUAG